AUGGCAACAGCAGAACAGCUGAAAUGUGCAAGGAGCAAUUUAACAGGCAACUACAAUGGAUGGGUGGAGAAACUACCACUGGAGGGCAAGCCUCUCAUAAGUAGCGUCUCUGCUAUUCAGGCCUUUUAUGAUAUAUUUGGAGACAUGAAAGCUGUGGGGUCCACUUUGGAUAUAUUAGAUGAUGGCUUCCAGUUCACAGGAAAAUUUGUCACCACAGAUGGUGAAAAAGAAGUGAGUGUCUCGGGAUCACGUUACAAACAAAAGACGCCUCGGCAGUCUCAUGUCUAUGUGGAAUUUGAAAGUGGACGAGUGUUUGACUCAAGUGUUGACAAGCCAUCAGCUACCUCAAGCACAAACAAAUCUGGUUUGUUUAUGCAAGAUCUGAAAUUGUUUGCUGCUGAGCUGUGUGGUGAACAUGAAACAGGGGACAGAAGUGCCAUGUCCAUCAGAUGUCUGGAACUUGCAGAGCAAGCUGAUGCCUUUAUUAAAGUAUCAGCAUAA